CAGCAGCGCUGGCGGACCCACGUGGAAGACGAGACCCUCGUGGAAGGCAGGAGCCGCUUAGAAGACAGGACCCACGUGGCCACGGAGAGGUUCGCGCAGACCCAGAACGGCAAAGCCCCCGGCGCGGCGUGCGGCAGCCCCAGGCACGUGAGAAGCGUUGGCCGCAAGCCGAGCCAGAGGAGCCACCUGCGGGGGAGGCCUUACAGGUGCGACAAGUGUCAGGAGUACUUCUCCCAAAAGAAAACCCUCCUCAUCCACCGGCGAGCGCACUCGGGCCGGAGCGGAGGGGUCCUCUGGUGCUCGUACUGUGGGAAGACCUUCAGCCACCCUUCCAAUCUGAUCCGGCACCAGAGGAUCCACACGGGGGAGAGGCCCUACCAGUGCCACGAGUGCCCAAAGCGCUUCACCCAGAAGCAGCACCUCCUCCAGCACGAGAAGAUCCACCUGCGCGAGAGGCACUGCGUGGUCCCGCAGAGCGGGGGGAAGGCACCGCUGCACGGCUGCUAG